AUGUCGAUGAAGUCCAUUCCCGUCACUGUCCAGCCAUGGUUCACACCUCCCCCGCCGCCUGUCCCUGUGGCCGUCGCGUGUCCUAAAGUAGGCGACGUGGCGCCGCUUGACAGGGACCGCAAACUCACCUUUGGCGGCGGGCGGCCUGUCCUGCUUGUCUUUCUCCGCUGCGUUGGAUGCGCUUUUGCCCAAAAGACCUUCCUUGCUCUCCGCGCCAUCUCGGUCAAGCACCAGAUUGCUUGCGUCGCUGUCUCUCACUCGUCACAGGCGGCGACUCAGAAGUGGCUUGACCUCAUCGGUGGUGCAUGGAACGUUGAGGUGGUCAUUGACGAGGACCGCGCCAUCUACGCCGCAUGGGGUCUUGGACUAUGCUCCGUCUGGCACAUGUUCAACCCCAGCAGCCAGGUGCAGGGUUGGAAAGAGACCGGUUGGCUUGGCGAGAAGGUCGCCGGGGCGAUGAAGCGACCAAGCGCAACUUCGCGCAGAGACGACAUCAUGCCGACAGAGGCGAAGGGAAAGGUAAGUCGAAUCAACACGGCCGGCAACGGCCGGAGCCUCACUCAAGGACCGGCAUCGGCCCGCGGCGCAAAUGACGAGGAUGAGACGACGAUGAUGGGCAAUAAGUGGCAGACGGCAGGCGCAUUCGCCGUGGACGGGCGCGGCACCGUCGUCUGGGGAGGCAAGGCGCUCAAAGUGGACGAUGUCCUCGAUCUGGAAAUGGGCGUCAAGAUUCUCAAGGGCAGCUGA